AUGGCACGCUUUCAACCGGGAACCAGGGAAUGGGCCAUGCGAGCAUUUGAUGACUGGAUCCAACAAAAAACAGAGACAAACGAAAGCAGCAGCCGCAUUUUUGUCCUCAUGGCACAGGCUGGGAUUGGGAAGACUGGGAUUGUGUGUCGUUUGGCUCGAGAACGAUCGCAACACAUUCUGGCACAACACUUCUGUCGUCACGAUGACAACCGCAAACGGAAUCCAAAGCACAUGUUACUCUCCAUUGCUUAUCAAAUUGCAUGUCAAAUCCCACAAUACAGACGAUCCUUGGAAGAAGUUGUCGUAACACAACAAUUGACACGGGCCAACAUUCUCAAGGACUACAAUAUCGUGGGAAUUUUUGAAGAAUUCCUGCAGAUUCCACUUUCGUCCAUUGCAGAACCAGCAUCACCCGAGCAAUACCGACAAUUUGUUAUUCUCAUUGACGCCCUCGAUGAAUGUGAACAGAGUGGCAAAAAUGAGAUCUUGCUGUGUAUUCAACGUCACUUUUGGAAGCUGCCUCCUUGGAUUCGAAUCUAUCUCACGACGCGUCCCGAGAUUCCCAUAGUCGACAAGCUCAAAAAGUUCUCUCCAUCUUUCAUUGAACCUAGCCAACAAGAAAACAGAGACGACUUGGCAAUCUUUUUUCGAAAUCUGUUGCGACGGCUCGGGGGAGUUGUAGAAGAGGAUACAACAGAGGCUGCCGUGGAAAUGCUGAUCGAAAAGACUGGUGGUCUCUUCAUUUACGCCGCUCAUUUAGCGAAGAUGAUUGCGUCUGUAUCCUCUUCUGGCAAGAGCCUUACGUGGAGCCAACUGGAGGCAUUCCCGACCGGGCUAGAAGAAUACUAUGAAACACAGUUGGAACGGAUCAUAGUUGAUGACAAUUCUUAUUCUACGGAAUGGAGGAUUGCCCAGCUGGCCGUCGUGGCGCCGGAGCCUCUCCACGUAGAAGUCUUGCAAGCGAUUCUCGGCUCCUCUCGCAAAGAUCGCAUUUCAGCGCUCAAGACCCUGUCAGCUUUCUUUGCCAUUGAUGAGAACAGAAAAGUUCACGCCUAUCAUAAGAGCUUCAAGGACUGGCUGACUAGUCCAGAGAGAGAAGAUUCCGAUUUUUAUAUUGAUACCCAGCAGGUUGAAGAACUGUUCGCCACGAGAUGUUUGGAUAUCUUGAAAACCAAUGGAAUCCUCCGUGGAAUGGAUACUACUUCGGAUGUUCCGUCGAAACCUUAUCCGGAUGAAGUGGCCCAUUACGCAUUGCGUUAUGUUGUACAUCACCUUUGUGCGUGUAGAAGGCAUGAAAAGGCUCGCCAUGUGAUAUUGGACGUUGGUUGGCUCAUGGCGCGAGCUCAAGCAGGCGAUAGCAGGGGUAUCGAAACAGACUGCAGCUUGCUCGAGCACAUCGACCCAGCGGCGAGACUUGUCGGGCGUGCUAUCGGUCUUUCGAUGAAUGCGUUACGUCGUGAUCCACGACAACUUCCCGGGCAGCUGGUUGGCAGGCUCUUGUCCUCAACGGUAGCCACGGAAGAAUGUCAGAAUGAAACGCAAAUGAAGCUGUCUCGAUUCAUCCAAGCUCUCAAGCAGUUUGAUCAUGGAUUUGACUGGUGGUGCCCGGUGACACCAACGUGGGAGCAAGCUGAGCAGCCUUGCAUUCGUUUACUCGAAGGGCACAAAAGAGAAGUUCUUUGUUUGGCUUGGUCCAGAGAUGGUUCGGGAAGAAUUGCCUCUGGAUCGAAUGACGAGACUGUUAGAAUUUGGCACUCUGCGACGGGCGAAUGUGAACUGGUUCUUGAAGGACACAGUGGUCGUGUGAACUGUGUGGCAUGGUCUUCAGACUCAACACUGGUGAUCUCGGGUGGAAACGACACGCAUUUACGCGUAUGGGAUUCUGUGGUUGGGACCUGCGAGCUGGUUGCGGGCCAAAGCGACUAUGCCGUUCUCUGCCUGGACACUGGCAACGACUCACGAAUAUGCUUUGGAAAGGGGAAGAAUAUUUCUAUAUACAAUAUGGACACUGGUGAAAUCGACGGCGCCUUGGAAGGACACACAAGAACGGUUCUAUCCCUCUCCCGUCUGCUCGAUAGUGCCAAGCUUGUCUCUGGUUCAGAAGAUGGGGCCAUCGCUGUCUGGAACGUCGAUGACAUGACAAUGAUGCGUUCCUUUGUCGGGCACGACGGGGCUGUUACGUCGGUGCAGUGGCAUUCUGCUGGCACAGUCGUUUCAGCGGCACUGGACCGCCUCGUCAGGGUUUGGGACGUAAUAUCGCCGUCCUCCUCCCCCAAGCAGCAACCAACCCAGGAAUAUCUGCACUGUUCGGAUGAUUUCGCAUACUGUUCACGAUCACAUGUAUCGGCAUUCCCUGGGUCGGAAUGCGUGGCGUUGGGCUCUCGAUCAGGCAAAUACAGCACAGAAGUUGUGCUGUGGAACGUGCGGAGCGGAAGGGUCGAAAAGAAGCUUGAAAAACACUUGGGAACGAGUAAUCCUCUAGCGUUGUCGCCUGGCGGAAGAGUUGUGUCUGGGUUAGAGGAUGGAUCGAUUCGGGUGAUUGAACCGACCGCAGAGGACAAUAAUCUUUGUGGAAUGUCAUUCUUGAGUCGUUACUUUGGAUGUCGAGUAUGGUCACCUGAUGGAAACACCCUGGCAUCUGGCGGCGACAACAAUAUCAUCGGAGUUUGGGAUCCUACGAACGGGGACUGCUUCUGCAUGCUAGCAGGACAUUUGGGGAUGCAGCGUGCAUUGGAAUUCUCCUCAGACAGCAAGCUUCUGGCAUCUGCUUCAGUCGACCAAACAGUCAGAAUAUGGGACAUUGAAAAAUACCAAUGCCGAUUCGUCCUUGCGGGCCACACAGGAAAAGUAAGGCGGCUGUCAUGGUCAAGAGAUGACACCAAGUUGGCAUCAGGAUCUUCCGACAGGACAAUCCGCAUCUGGUGCGCCUCCACAGGAAGUUGCCUGCAAAUCCUUUCAAACCCGCUGAAUCGAGAAAUCGAUUUUAUUUCCUGGUCUCGAAGUGAACGGAUUGUCGGCGGCACGGAUGGUCGCAGUACAUUCGUUUGGAAUGCCACCAAUGCAAACAUGGAGCAUUCACUUGGAUUGGACCUACAUCGCGAUGCCAUCACGCGUUCAUUGACAUGUUCUCACGAUGGAGAUAGAAUUGCAGCCGGUUCGUUGAUUGCCCAUGUCAUUCGCAUUUGGAGCAUUCCUGAGUCAUCUUGCGAGAGGGUUCUCGCAACUCGAGACGAGGAAGCUCGAGAAAUGGAUCGAUGGGCUGAUUUUGAAGAUGGCAGCAGCGAAGAUCGGAAUACGAAGAUGGAGGCAGCUCGCAACAAGAGGGUCAGGGGCUUGCUCUGGUCGAGUGAUGAUUCGCUCUUGCUGUCUAUGUGUCAAGAGUUCAUUGCAAUUUGGGACGUACGAAGCGGUGUGUGCACGCAAACACUAAGCAGUUCAGGCGGUAUCCCCCCCGCGUUUUCGCCUUAUGAAGCAUCAUUCCUUAUUCGAGAUUUGUCCGAAAUGGCUGACCCGGUUGGAAUCGCCUGCAAGGAUGUUUUAGUCUUUGGAGACAAAGCGUGUGCUCUCAUUGGCUAUUCGAACACCAUCAAAUUCUUUCAGCUGGUCCGUCGUCACGAUGGAAGUGGCAGAAGCUAG